AUGGCCGUGAGUCUCCUGGGUGCGCUGACCAUCAUCCUCUACUACAUCGCCGUCAUCGCCGUUGGGGUCUGGGCCGGUCGCAAGAUCCUGCGCACUGACAGCCCGCUCACCCAGAGUGCGAAGGAAGGGUCGCCAGGCGGACGGCUAUUCAAGCCGUCCGCGCUGUGCCGAACGCCCAACGACAACGAGUACCUGCUGCGCCUGUUUAUCGCCAACAGGAGCGUGCCGCUGGCGUUGAGCUUCCUCUCCAUGACAGCGACUUGGGUCGGAGGAGGCUACCUCAACGGGACCGCCGAAGCCGUGUUCAAUUACGGCAUCGUAUGGUGUCACGCUCCGAUCGGCUACGCACUCAGCCUCGUAAUAGGCGGCCGGUUCUUCGCGGGUAAGAUGCGCGUGACCAAGGCGCUCACGAUGUUCGACCCGUUCCAGCAGCACUACGGCCGCUGGAUCGCCGUCCCCCUCUGCCUACCCGCCCUCUGCGGAGAAGUAUUUUGGACGGCCGCCAUUCUGGCCGCACUGGGCGACACGGUGGCGGCGAUAACGCGCGUCGACUCUCCGCUCGUCAUCGUGUUGUCCUCCGCCAUCAUCCUCUUCUACACAUCGCUGGGCGGCCUCUACUCGGUGAUCUACACGGAUACAUUCCAGUUGGUGAGCAGCGUCUUCGGUCUGGUGAGUGAAGCGCCACCUACGCUCUGGGUGAGCGUAGCCUUCUUCUUGAGAAGCAACACCGUGGGGACUAUCGGCCCGCCGCACAGCGAGUGGUUCGGUUCGAUUGACACGAGCGAUGUGAGCCAGAUUGUCGACCAGCUCUUGAUGGCCGUCUUCGGCGGCAUCCCUUGGCAGGUAUACUUCCAACGCGUGCUCUGCGCCGAGUCCGUGUUCACCGCAAAGAUGCUCUCGUACUUGGCGGCGGCAGGCUGCUGCUUCCUGGCCCUCCCGCCGAUCAUCAUCGGUGCUCGGGCCAAGAGUUGCAAAUGCGUUCCUAAAUUCGUCAUUAUAUUCGUUGUUAAAUGUACGUGCAAGCCGACCCUGGUCUCUUUACUCGUCCUUCCUGUCCUGUUCUUUCUAACUCCGUUUUUUUUUUUUCCUUCUUCCGUAGCGCUACCAGUGUACCAGUUGCCACGUUCUCGUCUUUCCUUUAGUCCCGUUUUGUCUGCCCCGCCUGAUCAACGUGUCGGAACUACACUACGGCAGGGCUCUUUCCAGAGUAUAGAGAGAGUAACCUGCGCACGCUGCGUCAUCCGUUCAGAUUUCACGGCGGCAGGCUACCAGGGUCCGUUCAACCUCGCGGAGGGAGAGCGCCACAAGGUGCUGCCUCUCGCGCUGCACUACAUGACGCCCAAGUUCGUGGCCGUGCUGGGCCAGCUCGCCAUCACGGCCGCCGUCAUGUCGUCCGUCGACUCGUCGAUGCUCAGCGCCUCGCAGCUCAUCACGAGAAACAUCUACCACAUCAUUCUGAGGCCCGCGGCCACGGACAUGGAAGUGUGCGUGGUGCUUCGCUGCAUGGUCUGCUUCGUAGGCGCGGUGGCGACGUCCAUGGCCCUCAGGGUGAGCUCGGUGUUCUCCCUGUGGGCGCUAUCGUCGGACCUGGUUUACGUGCUGCUCUUCCCGCAGUUUGUCGCCUUAUUCUUUCUGCGUCACAGGACCAACGCCUACGGAUCGGUCCUCGGCUUCUUCGCCGGCCUCGUGCUGCGGUUCCUGUGCGGCGAGCAGGCGUUCGGCCUGCCGGCACUCCUGCGGCUGCCGCUGUACGACAGCGAGCGCGGCCAGCAGUUCCCGUUCCGCACGCUCUGCAUGGUGGUUAGCCUGAGCAGCCAGCUGCUGGGAUCGGCGGCGGCCGCGGGCUCCUUCCGGGCUAGCCGUUUCCGCGACUACUGGCGCUGCUUCGAGGAGGUCGCGGAGCAGCCGCCAGACGCGGAUGCCGCCACCGUCCACGCACCCUGCACGGCUUUGGUUCCUUUGUUCACGCCCGACGAUCAUCCCGAUCACCGGCACCACGAGGCAGCCGGCGCCGCUCCGCACAAUAAAGCGCAUCAUCAGCAACAUCACCAUCAUCCCCACCACGAACCCCCAGAGGAGGCGGCUGUUGGAACGACGACGGCUGCUGGCUCGGUGACGCCUGCUGGCACAGCGACGGCAACCGGCGCUAGUGAACACGCCGGCGGGGAAGAGAAAGCGCACCGGCGAUCCUCCUCCAGGCCGUCCGAGGCUGGCUCGUCGCCCAAAAAGGCCAAGCGCAGGCGGACGAGCAGCGUCGCCGAUGGCAAAUCCCAGGGACCUCAGGGGUCCCGCGGGGCUCAGGAGUCUCAAGGGUCCCUGGCCAAGAAGCGAAAGAAAUGA